UGCGUAGGCGGAAGUGAACAGUGGCAGGAGGCAACAUCCGCUUGAGACGAGAUUGCCGGUGAAGGAAGAAAAACUCAAUUAUGGCUGCAAACAGCAGCUUUCAACUUUCGGGUGGCUAUAACGACAAGCCCCCAUCGUCAACUGGCAGUGGCGACGCGGACUUGGCUAGUGAUCCCGCUAGUAGUGGAUUUUUCAGUAACGAUUUCAAGAGGCAUGAUGAUCUUAAGACCAUGCUGGACGGGAACAGAGAUUCACACAAGCUGGAGGCCAUGAAAAGGAUAAUUGGGAUGGUUGCGAAGGGCAAGGAUGCUUCAGAGCUAUUUCCUGCUGUUGUGAAAAAUGUUGUUUCAAAAAAUUUGGAGGUGAAGAAGCUGGUCUAUGUGUACCUGACCAGGUAUGCUGAGGAGCAGCAGGAUGUAGCUCUGUUGUCAAUCAGUACUUUCCAGCGUGCACUAAAGGAUCCAAACCAGCUGAUUCGCGCCAGUGCCCUGCGCGUAUUGUCCAGUAUCAGGGUGCCCAUGAUUUCACCAAUCAUGAUGCUGGCCAUCAAAGAGGCUGUGGUGGACAUGUCGCCCUACGUCCGAAAGACGGCAGCACAUGCCAUCCCUAAACUUUACAGUCUUGAUCCAGAAAACAAAGAGCAGCUAAUAGAGGUCAUUGAAAAACUGCUUGCUGACAAAACUACUCUGGUGGUGGGGAGUGCUAUUCAGGCAUUUGAAGAAGUUUGCCCAGAGCGGAUUGACCUUAUCCACAAAAACUUCCGCAAGUUGUGCAAUCUCCUGGUGGAUGUUGAGGAGUGGGGACAAGUUGUCAUUGUCAACAUGCUCACUCGCUACGUCAGGACACAGUUUGUCUCGCCCAACCAAGGGGAGAGUACAGAAGAAGUGAAGGCGUUUUAUGAGGAUUCUGAGAAAGAGGAAGAAGACGAAGAAGAAGAAAAUGAAAAUGAAGGGGAAUCUAAAAGUAAACCAUAUGUGAUGGACCCAGAUCACCGGUUGCUGCUAAGACAGGCUAAACCCCUCCUCAACAGUCGCAAUGCUUCAGUUGUGAUGUCGGUUGCUCAGCUGUAUCAUCAUUGUGCCCCAAAAGCAGAAGUAGGAGCAGUUGCAAAGGCUCUCAUCAGACUCCUCAGGAGCCACAAAGAAGUGCAGUACAUCGUCCUCAGUAACAUCGCCACAAUGACCAUCAACAGGAAGGGGAUGUUUGAGCCGUUCCUGAAGAGUUUUUACAUCCGGUCCAGUGAUCCAACUCAUAUCAAACUGCACAAGUUGGAGAUUUUGACUAAUUUGGCAACCGAGACCAAUAUAUCAACUAUAUUGCGGGAGCUUCAGACUUACGUGACCAGCAAUGAUAAGGAUUUUGCUGCUGCCACGAUUCAAGCUAUUGGACGCUGUGCCAGUAACAUCGCAGAGAUCACAGAUACCUGUCUCAACGGAUUGGUUCACCUUAUGUCUAACAGGGAUGAAAGUGUUGUGGCUGAAAGCGUUGUCGUUAUAAAGAAACUGCUACAGAUGCAGAAUGGCUCACGGAAAGUGCCAACUGAGCACAAGGAUAUCAUUAUACACAUGGCCAAGAUGGUGGACAACAUCACAGUUCCCAUGGCGAGGGCAAGCAUCCUCUGGCUGAUCGGAGAAUACAGCGAGCGUGUCCCUAAGAUAGCCCCAGACGUCCUCAGGAAGAUGGCCAAGUCUUUCAUUGAAGAGGAGGACAUAGUCAAGCUACAAAUAUUGAACCUGUCCGCAAAGUUGUGCAUCACCAAUGCGAAGCAGACUAAACUUUUGUGUCAGUACGUCUUUAACUUGGCCAAGUACGACCAGAACUAUGACAUCCGUGACCGCUCCCGUUUCCUGCGACAACUCAUCCUGCCUGGGGAGAAGGGUGGCGCCUUAGCCAAGUAUGCUAAGAAGAUAUUCCUGCACACCAAGCCAGCACCUGUCCUUGAGUCAAAGUUCAAAGACCGGGACCAGUUCCAGCUAGGCACACUGUCCCACAUCCUCAACACAAGGGCCACGGGGUACCAAGAGCUUCCCGAGUGGCCAGAAGACGCCCCUGACCCGAGCGUACGUAACAUAGAGGUCCCCACGCCCUGGGAAACCAAGUUCCCCUCCAAGAAGAAGAAACCAGAAAAGGAAAAGAAAUCCUUCUACUCCGAUUCAGAGGAGUCCAGUUCAGAAGACGAUGACAGCGAUGAGGACGAUAGCUCUAAUGAAGAUGAUGAUGAAGAGGAGGAUGAAGAUAAUAUUGAAGAGGACAGCUCCGAUGAAGAGGAUGAGGAUAGCUCCGAAGAAGAGGACAGCUCAGACGAGGAAGUUGUCACUCCUGUCAAGAAAGUCAGUAAAAGUCAGAAGAAAGUUUUGUCGGAUGAGGAUGAAGAUGAAACGGAGGACUCCUCUGAGGAAGAAAGUUCAGAGGAAGAUAGCGAUGACAGCGACAAGAAACCACCACCUAAACCUAAAAAGAACCAGGCCAAAUCUGCACCUGUUAAGAAAACCAAAGCAGAACCAGCCAAGCCAUCACACGAUUUAUUAUUGGACCUUGACGAUUUUGGACCACCAGGGGGCGGGUUUGCUAGCUCUACCGGAACCCCGGCCGGUGACCUGUUGACCCCCAGUCUAGCGGGCAGCAUGUCUAACAUGUCUUUAGGCAGUGCUAGCAUGUCUGCCAGUAACAGCAUGAAUUUUAAUCCAUCAUCAAUUCCAUCCAAAGUUUAUGAACUCGUGAACAGGAUGGCGGGCAAGGGUUUAACUAUUUCUUACAAGUUUACCAGAACUGUUUCAAUAUUUUCCCCCAAAAUGGUCUCCAUAGAGAUGACAUUUGUGAACACUAGUGAUAAUACGAUUUCUGGGAUUAAAAUAGAUAAUAAGAAAUUACAGCCUGGAAUGGAAAUUCAUGAUUUCCCCGAAAUUGCUUCUUUGGGACAAGGCGCAUCUACUUCAGUGCUGCUGGCUAUCAACUUUAAUGACACAACCCAGCCAGCUAAGUUUGAUAUCUGUACCCAGGACACUAAGUUUGCCGCCAGCAUCACGGCUCCUGUAGGAGAACUUCUACUGCCCCACACCAUGAGUGAGAGUGAAUUUUUACAGCAGCAAGGAAAACUUGGUGGCAUGCAUGAGAAUUCUGGAAAUGUGAAGUUAGCACCGUCCAAGUCCGAUCCCAAGUCUAUUUGUAUAUGUGUUCACACUGUUGCCAAUGUAUUACAAGUGCCCUCCUCGAAUGAAAACCUGUUCAUAUUCGCCGCUCGCACAUUAGCCACGGGUACUCUUACACUAAUAUCGGUCCGGACCAAGGACGAAACUGCCAAAUUGACCGUUAAUUGUGAGAAAAUGGUCAUCGGCACGAUGCUGCACAAGGAAAUUAAGAACCUGCUGAGCAAGAGCUAGCCUCAAAUAUUUCUGAACAACAAGUUUUUAUAAAAACAAAAAAUUUAUAAACCAGUGCUUGAUAAACAGAAAUUCUUUUCUCAAAGUUCUAUAAUUAUUUUGGUUCUAUAAUUAUUUUGGACCUAUCUUAAGUAUUAAUGUGAAAUAUGUUUACUGUUGUGGCUACUGUUUGUAAGUGAACAAAUUGGAGGGGGUUGCAAUGUAACAUAAGUAGUCUUAGCUGAAAGGCCAGUUCUCACAUCAGCUGUUCAUGUUUAAGAUGUAUUCUUGAGGGGAUGUUGAACAAUUUUUGUUUUGUCAACAUUUUAUUUUAUUAACAUUUUACGUUGUCGAUGAAAGCUAAACAUGUAUUGUAUUUAUCCUACGAUAAAGCCCAAGGGGGCAAGCACCUAAUUUCUGACUAUAUUGUGGUUUAAAACGGGUGUGGCGAUAUGUUGAAAUAUACAGGAAAUAUUGAAAAGAAAAGAUGAAAAGGGGACAUUAAAAACAUGUUGGCAGUAAGCAAAAUGAAAUAUUAAAGAUGACUUUGGGGGCAUGAAAUUGACUUUUACUGAUAUGUUGCAAAUUGAAUUUUCAAUAUGCUGUAAAGUGAAUAUUUUAUUGGUUGUUUUUUUCACACAUUUGAGUGAGUAUAACUUUGCAAUGCAGCGAUUCUCACUUUCUAUGUUGUCAUUAUGUUCACAGCAUUAUAGGAAAAUGAUAUAUGUAGGUACCUUUUAUCCUGAUAUGUCAAAUUAUUUUGGAAGAAUUCUUAAAAUUCAAGUGUUAUAAGGUAACUAUCUAUUUAGUCCUGAUGACAGAUUGUUAGUGUUUAUUAAAAGUGGCUGAUUUAAACAUAAACGCAAAAACAACUUGAUACAAUGCCACACAUUUCAUUUUUCACUCUACUGACUGCCAGCAUUUUUCAAGGUUCUGAUUUUCCUUCUUGAUUCUCAUUUUGCGUUUAAUUUUUCUUCCAUAUAUCACCAAACCUCUUUACAACAUCACAAUUGUGCUGGACAAAUGGCGGCAUUAUAACAAGGUGACACUGUAUGAGAGGUCGUCAACAUCAGGUAGCAUUGCAAUGUCACAUACGUAUGAGUGACAGCCAAUAUGAAAUUGAAUGUAGUGUAACUGACAUAUGUACAUUUAGAUUAACGAGUUAUGUGACGUAUGUUGCCGCAUCACUGCCUCCUUGCCUGUUAUUCUAUUUGUAACUGAUACGUAUGCUUUCUAUACAAACAUGCAGCUUUGUCAAGCCUACAUUUGUGCAUGAACGUUAUUGUUUCGUAAAUUUUCACAAUUCAUUUCUGGUUCGAUCAUUAGAUAAAAACUUGUUGACUCCAUGAAUGUGUGUUGGGGAAAAUUGCAAUACAAAUGCAUUAUGAUAGUUUUAGGUGAAAUAAGACUUUUCAAAAUCAUUUUGACCAUGGAAGGGGUCAUUUCCAUUAUCCAAACAGUAAUUGAGGUUAAAAUUUCCUAUGCUUUUGUUAAUGGAGAUGAGUAAACAUUUUGUGCUUUGUAUUUGGAACACAUAUUUUUAACUGUACUUUAGGAAUAAAUUAACACAAACAGAGGGAAAGUAGCAAUAUUUUAUCAGACAUUUCACUGCAAAUAUGAUUUAAUGGUUCAGAGAAUAAAAGGGAAAGUAAAUUGUUUACAGAAAAAAAGGGAAAUCAUCUGUGGCACAAAACAGCUUGGUCAUUUGAAAAUCGAGAAUACUGGGUUUAUCUUCAGUAGAAAAAUACUGUAUAGUGUAAUUAUUAUCAAACUUUUCAUGUAAGCAACCAUCCAAUGAUUUAUUGAAGUUUAUUUCCCUCUGCUUCAUGUGGAUUUCUUUUCAUCAAUCACCUAAAUUUGCUAUUUUAAACUUUAUUUUCUCAAGAAGAAAUGAAUGGAAAAUCACCAGAAUUGCUAGAGCUGUGCACAAAAACUAUAAGGAUAAAGAAAGAGGUUGUAGUUCAAAGGUCAGGAGGUGAUAAAAGUUAAAUUUCAGGCUAAGCUGUUUGUCUAUUGUCAAAGAGAAAUAUGGUAUAAAAUGAAACAUGGUACCAAUAGAAAUAUAUUUUUGUUCAGUGAAAAUAAACAUCUUGUCGUAUAGAGUUAAAGUGUUGUUCAAAACAUGGGCAUGCAUUCUAGACCUGAUAGCCGUCCCUGGACACUAUCAUGUUUUCUGGGAUCAGUCAGGCGGAACCAGUGUCGUCAGGUAGGAGUGUCAAAGACUUCCUACGGUAUCCGUCGGUGUAUUGAUCACAUCAGCGGUUUUAUGUGACAGACUGAUGGAUGUACUGGUGAAAACACAGGAUAUCUAAGGCUAACUAUUUGUUUGACAUCUCUGUUCGUCAUCAAACGCCAUCGCAAAUAUAAUACAAAGACAUGUCUACUUGGAGGUUCUUUUGAAUUUAACAAUGGCAUUAUUGUUUGUUCUGACACUAUGUCAAAAUUAGAUAAAUACAGUGGUGUUUGCUGAAAUAUAAGAACUAUACAAUUUGUUUUAUUAUACCUGGCCGAUACCAACACAUAUUUCAAUCUUUGUAAUUCUAUGAAUUUACAUUGUCCACACCUAGAAAUGAUAAUGGUCACAAGAAGUCGCCUCCGUAAUUGAAAUAAAAUCAUGCUAACUGCUACAUGUAGUUAAUGUCAACAUUACAUUUAUGAUGUCACAUCAUAAA